GAAAGUCACCAUUUUCACCGGAACAGGUCAUUUAACCAUCCAAAUGAUUUCUAAACGGGAUUAUUACGUUGAAAAAUGUGCCAAGUUCUCCUUUAAACAGCUUGAUCCACACUCCAGUCCAGUGGGUGGCGGUAACUAAUGCACCAUUAUAGCUAACUGCCACCUGCUAUGAUGAGAAGAAGAAUAGAAGCGUCUGUCAAAUGUUUCUUCAACUGGCUACGAUGAAAUAUUGACAACUAUAAGAAAAAUGUUAUUUACAGAGUUGAAUGAAAAAAAUACUUAUCUCAUAUUUCUACCAAAAUCAGCAGAAAGAUAAUGUUUGUCGCCUUGCUUUGCUAACAUGGAAGUAGGCCUACUCGUUUUGCAACUUGGUUAACCCACCAACAGACAGAAGAAAACAUUUAAGGGGACCGAUUCAUCAAAUAGGCUAAUGGACAUGAUGUUGCUCAGUUGUGUCUGUUUCCUAUGGGUUGGGUGUGGGUUGAGCGUCGCGCAGCCAGAGAAAGGUGGCGAUGGCUGUGACUUCCUUAAAACGACACAGUGGUUGGAUUCCGUGAAAGUGGCAAUGAACUUGACAAAAAGUGGUUUUCAUAGAGAUCUUAUAUACACUGUCCAGUUUGGUGCUCCUUUCCCAGAGGAUUUCGAGGCUCUUCUGGUUCAGAAUGUAUCCAGUGGGGUGUACAUGGACGUUUACCAGUUGCAAACCUUGAGAAAAGAUGCAGGCUUGCAUGUGCUACUUGACUCAGAGGUGGAUCUAGAGGCACCAGCCUAUGAAUCGCCUGGUUUUACUGCCUUCAUCUAUCCUCGGCCAGAUCCUACAACUCCAGGGCAUCUCACUGCAACAGUGCCCAUUCAUGGGCGUUAUCACAGGCCUUCUGGACCAGGAACACAUGUACAGGUGGAAAUAAAAUAUACCAAACUGCUACUAAAGUCAGACUCCUGUGAGCAUGGUAAACUACCCUUUUCCAAUCUCCCUUACAAGAUUGUGUAUGGGCCUUGUUCAGUACACAAUGUAAGCAUUUGUUCAUGGAUUGAGAUCGAACAUUUGCAGGUGCCACAAUCAUUGGCUAUGGACUUACCUGUUGGUGACAAGUCUCUGCUAUUUCUUGUUUGUGGUGGGACUCUGUGUGUUACAAUUCUGUGUAACCUUAUUCUCACAGCAACCAUCUGGAAACAUGGCAUAUUCGAGUUCCCCCCUUAUCUCUGACCUGUCUCUGGUCAUGUCCAUGAAUUGUUUACAAACUGAUAAAUGCUGUUAUUUUGGAAUAAAUAUGGAAUGAUUUAA